AUGGGAGCAGGCCGUGGGGCUCGGCCACCUCGCACCGCGUACUACUACUACGUGGCCCUAGCCGUUAUUUUGGUUUUACUACUGCUCCUGCUCUGCUACUUCCUCUACUUCUGCGUGAGACGGGUCAAGGAAUUAUCGCACGCACCGUUACCUGAACCAGUGCAAUCAGUGAGGCCACCGCCGCCGCCUCCCAAGUCCACAUCGCAAGCCUACCCAGUACAGCCUGGAGUUCGCGAAAGUGCCACUGCGAUGGCGCGUCUCUGUCAAAUACCUCCGUCACACACGGAUACCGUGUUCCCGUCGCCCCGCUCCCCGGGUAGACACAGCACUGUGACACUGCCUCCGCCCAGGAUCAUUUCCCGGCCACAAUCGCCAGCCGGAAAACUGGUCUCCAGCGACGUUGUACCACCUACCUCGGCUAAAGUAAAAUGAAAGAAAAGGCGAAGAACAGAAACAGUGCUCGUUGACAAAGACUUACCAUAAAACCAAUACCUACCUACUUAUAUAUA